AUGGCACCAAACCUCAAACCCCCACAGCUCGAGCUCAUUCAUCAUAUGAUCGAGAGUAACUCAUUAACAAUGUCUGAAAUGGCCCAUGCAGCUGACUGCAGCAAGCAAUCUAUAGUACACAUUCGCUCUAACCUCAAAGUAUUCGGGAAGGUUAGGGCGCCGCGAAAUGGUGUUGGACGCCCGCGAACCAUCACGCCGCCUAUGCUCGAAGCUCUUCGGGAACAUUUGACAGAGAAGCCGACCUUAUACCAAGACGAGGUGGCCCUCUUUCUACGCUAUCAGAUACUUCCUUCGUAUGCUCAAGAUGGACUGGUCCUGUGUCGAGUAUUCCAGGGCGCUACUGAUGCCGAUGUUUUCGAAGACUUCAUCGAGCAACUCCUUCAGCACUGUAACAGAUGGCCAGAACCAAAGUCUGUUCUCGUUAUGGAUAAUGCUUCAUUUCAUCGUACAGGAAACAUCCAGCGAAUGUGCGUAGAUGCCGGCGUUAAGCUGAUAUAUCUCCCUCCUUAUUCACCGGAUUUGAACCCUAUUGAAGAGUUCUUCUCCGAGCUAAAACGAUUUAUCAAGCGCAAGUGGAAUGAAUAUGAAAUGAAUCCAAACCAAGGGUUUGAUGCAUUUCUCGAAUGCUAUGUCCGUGGCUUGGAACGUCGAGUCAAAGAGCUGGAUCAACAAAUCGCGUCGCUGUUGAGUCCUCAAAAUACACAGAAUAGCCCAUCUUCACAUCUUAGGCACCAGAACGAUGAACUUCCGCUUGCUGAUAGUCCUAUGCCCUCGGAACAUGUAGUAAACAACUUACCACCGGUGCAGCGGGUGGAUGAUGCGAUCCCAAGUAUUGACACCCUCCUAGCCACUCCCUUGUUGAAUGCUUUAGAGCAGAAGCCAGAUAACCUAGUAGAGGAGCUACGACUGCUGUCUUUGGAAGCCGCUGCAGAGCGCUACCUGGGCUCUUCUUCCGGCCUCCCUUUAGCCAAGCUCACCCUGGCCGUUCUUCGGCGACUGUCUCCAGAUCAAGACGUGUUCGAUGAAGAGAUCAGGGGUACUCAGCAUCAAAACUGUGGCCUCGAUACGGAUGCCGUUCGGAAGUUAAAUCCAAUAUCUUUUGAAAUGACCCCUCAACUUAAACUUACAAGCCCCCUACCGCUCAACUCGCUGUUCGAAAGUCCGACCGUUGGUGACUAUGAGGAUACAACAGAGCUGACCUCGCUGGAACCCGCCUACAUCAAUUACAUCUUGGAAUUCUAUUUCGCACAUUCCCAUACCCUUUAUCCAAUUAUUCGCAAGAGUGAUUUCGAGGAAGUGGUCUGGAGAGUAGACGCCAAUCCGUUGGAUCCUUUGGCCCAGUCUCACCUGUGGCAAUUCAGGAUAUGGAUGAUUCUAGCGAUCGGUUCAACGACACACUGCACUGUCUCCUUAUUGGAUGAGACUGAACCCGUACGGUUUUUUAAUAAAGCGAUGACUUAUUUUGAGCAAGCGAUGAGUUGCGGUGAUUUGGUAGAGGUCUUGAUGCUUCAAGUAUCAUAUUCUUUCUUCAACAAAAUAGGACCCAAUACCUGGUUCUUAGUGGGCGUGGCAGCUCGCAUGGCAACGGGAAUGGGGCUCCACACCUCAGAGGUAUACCAGUCUCUACCGGUUGAUGUCGCAGAGCAGCAGAAACGUAUAUUCUUCUCUCUUUACAUGAUGGAUCGUGUUGUUUCAUUGGCUCUAGGCAGGCCUUUUGCGAUUCAGGACGACGAUAUUACAGUUGAGCCAUUCGCCAAUGCAGAUGAUGAGGAUAUCAAAGCAGAUAGCAUCAGACCCUCUACCAAGAUAGAGCCUUCUACAAUGGCGGUUCCUCUCCAUAUCUUAGCUUUGAGGAAGAUUGCUAGUGAAAUCAGGACCCUGGUCCAUUCCCCGAAGUCUAUUAGACAACAGGAUCUCCAGACGCGAAAACAAUCUAUCCAAAGGCUCCACAAGCGACUUGUCGAAUGGCGCCGAAGUAUGCCGUUCCCUCUUCCCGACCUACAAUCCAAGGUUCCCCAUCUCUGUACUAGCUGGUUCGACCUAAAUUACUACACUCACAUAAUCAUGCUUUAUCGCCCAUUGCUGCAAAGUCCGAAUUUGGAAAUUUCCGGAAUGAAAAUUCUCGCAGACGCAUCUUCAAUGGCAAUUCGACAAGCGGUUAAUUUGCAUCAGCAAUAUCGAUUCGCUUUCAAUUGGCUAAACCUCGUAGCCGUUUUCAACUCGGUACUGCCUCUUAUGUAUACCUCUACUGCACAGGUAGGAAAUCUUCCCUUAGUGAUAGAUUAUUCCAGAGCAAUCGCGGAUUUAGACCAGGCUGUGGAACUGUUGAAGUCCUUUAGGCGAAAGUUUCCUUCUGCGAAGAAGAUUCAAGGCAUGAUCAAGGCCGUGAUAAAGAUACUUCGGGAAUAUGACAUAUCCUCGAUGGGGUUUGGAGGAUGA